AUGAAUUCGAUCAGAUACAAAACUCCAACAAAGUCUUCAAAAUCAUUAACCAAACAUCUUCAGCAUCGACACAAUUAUCUGAAUAAAAUUAUUAUCAUUUUAAUUGUUAUAUUAAUUAAUUGCAUUGUUGGAAAUUUAUGUGCCUGGCAAGACAAUGUUCGACCAAAAUUAUUCGUUCAAUUAGGACCUUUUCGCAAUCUCAAAAGCUUUCGUGACAAUUUUUGGCAAUCAAUCUUAUUUCCUUUUGAUUUUAUAAUCUCUAGAGGCUUAGCGACAGACAAGAGUGUCUUAGUUGGUGUAGGAUUGUUUUAUUUUCUUUCAAACAACAGCAUAAAAAAACAAUCGACAGAAAUGGCAAAGAUUGUUAGACAUGAAAUUUGUGAGCUGAAUUUAUUAAGGGAUAUUUAA